GACUCUACUGCUGAGGCGCAUUUGGUGGGGCGGUUCGGCGAGGGAACGCGCACGGAGCGCGGGACAGACGGACAGACUGACGGACGCCCCCGCACACGCAGACGCACAGAGCUCGGCUCUUGUCACACACACACACACACACUCACGCAGACACAGAGACACACGCAGACACGCGCGCACAUCCUCCCGCCAGCCUGCCCGCCAGCUCGCCGGCGCCCGGAGCCCGCUCUGGCCGGGGUGAGAGAGAGAACCACACUGCCGAUGACUCCGAGGGAGGAGCCCUGGACAUGUGCUGCAGUGAGAGGCUGCCAGGUCUCCCCCAGCCGGUAGUGAUGGAGGCGCUGGACAAGGCGGAAGGGCCUGGUGAUGCGCAUAGAGAGACGCCGCCGCCCCCACCACCCCCGGAGCAAGCUCAGAGACCGCCACCCCAAGGUGCCGGCGGCCACUCCCCCACCGGCAGGAGCAGCCUGGGACUGUUCGCCGCUUCCCAGUUCCUGCUUGCCUGUGGGGUGCUGUGGUUCAGCGGCUAUGGCCAUGUGUGGUCACAGAACGCCACAGACCUCAUCUGCUCCUUGCUCACACUGCUGAAACAGCUGGGAGCCACGGCCUGGCUGGGCACUGGGACCUGGGGACUCCCCAGUCUGAUGCUGAUCGCUCUGUCUGUGGGCCUGGUCCUCAUUACCUCCCUGGUGUGGCACUUGCUGAGGGCUCCUGCAGAGCCCCCCGCCCCGCUGCCCCCCGAGGACCGGCGCCAGUCAGUGAGCCGCCAGCCCUCCUUCACCUACUCAGAGUGGAUGGAAGAGAAGGUUGAGGAUGACUUCCUGGACCUGGACCCUGUGCCUGAGACACCUGUGUUUGACUGCGUAAUGGACAUCAAGCCUGAGGCCGACCCCACCUCGCUGAGCGUCAAGUCCAUGGGUCUGCAGGAGAGGAGGGGUUCCAAUGUCUCCCUGACCCUGGACAUGUGCACUCCAGGCUGCAACGAGGAGGGCUUCGGCUACCUCGUGUCCCCCCGUGAGGAGUCGGCCCACGAAUACCUGCUUAGCGCCUCCCGUGUGCUCCGCGCAGAGGAGCUGCAUGAAAAGGCCCUGGACCCUUUCCUGCUGCAGGCGGAAUUCCUUGAAAUCCCCAUGAACUUUGUGGAUCCCAAGGAGUACGACAUCCCCGGGCUGGUGCGCAAGAACCGAUACAAAACCAUCCUUCCCAACCCUCACAGCAGGGUGUGUCUGACCUCAUCGGACCCUGAGGACCCUCUGAGUUCCUACAUCAAUGCCAACUACAUCAGGGGCUACGGUGGAGAGGAGAAGGUGUACAUUGCCACGCAGGGACCCAUUGUCAGCACAGUGGCCGACUUCUGGCGCAUGGUGUGGCAGGAGCAUGCGCCCAUUAUUGUCAUGAUCACCAACAUCGAGGAGAUGAACGAGAAAUGCACUGAGUAUUGGCCGGAGGAGCAGGUGGUGCACGAUGGCGUCGAGAUCACCGUGCGCAAAGUCAUCCACACGGAGGAUUACCGGCUGCGGCUCAUCUCCCUCAAGAGCGGGACUGAAGAGCGGUGCCUGAAGCAUUACUGGUUCACAUCCUGGCCGGACCAGAAGACCCCAGACCGGGCCCCACCACUGCUGCACCUGGUGCGCGAGGUGGAGGAGGCAGCACAGGAGGAGGGGCCCCACUGCACCCCCAUCAUUGUCCACUGCAGUGCAGGGAUCGGGAGAACUGGCUGCUUCAUUGCCACCAGCAUCUGCUGCCAGCAGCUGCGGCAUGAAGGCGUAGUGGACAUCCUCAAGACCACAUGCCAGCUGCGCCAGGACAGGGGCGGCAUGAUCCAGACUUAUGAGCAGUACCAGUUUGUGCACCAUGUCAUGAGCCUCUACGAGAAGCAGCUGUCCCACCAGCCUCCGGAGUGAGCAGGCUCCACCUGCGUGGUCCUCUGG